CGACAACAUGUUGGGAUAGAUGGCAAGCAGCGUGAUCCGAAUGAAGUUUCUGAUCUGAGCUCUCCGGACCUACGGAGUUCGUGAAAACUCGAGAGUAUUCGGAAGAAUAGAAAUCAAACAUUGUUUCUCCUGUCAUCGCCUAAAGUUAAAGGGAGAAUACCAAUAUACUGUCGAUUGAGUGAGGUUUAGUUGGGGUAACCAGCCGGGAGCUCCGAAUUUGAGGUUCCUUAUCAGCAGACGAGAUGCAUCGUUGUACAACAGCAGCGUUGCUUUUGUUAGUUAUUGCCUUAUAUUCCCUCCACACAGAAGGUAAAUAUAUAUUUAUAUUUGAGCAAUGUAAAAUGUAUGAGAAGGAGCCAGACCCUAUUGAAACGUAUCGGAAAAAAUAUGUUUUCAGCCGUUAGACAUAUUAAGCUGAUGGUAAUGAGUCAAAAAAAAUUAAAAUGUUGUGCCGCCGAAUUUCACCUGUAAUGUUUUACCAUCUCCAAAUCUGCUCCCUUUUGGCAACAGUAUAGGCUAUUGUUGUUCAUAACAGUUAUAUUACUGUGUUUGUGUUGUACAAUUGUGGCUUUGUUCGUUUAUUGCGUUAACCAAUCACCCACAGUCGGUAGUCAGACUACUUUGUAUAAAUGUUAUCCUUUAAAGGUUUUACAUUUUACCAUGAUGGUUGUUAGCCUUUUAUGCUAACCGGCGUUGGUCUUUAGCUGGUUUGGUUGAUGAGAAUUGUAAUGCCCGGGGUUGAGGAAUUGGAGAUGACUGUUGAUGAGGGAGCCUUGAAGAUGUAGGUCACACGUUUCACAGUAAACAUGAGCCUGCUUCAGCUGUUCACCUGACCACCUGCAUGAGUGUUAAACAGUCCCAGUGGCGUUGUGAAUCCACAAGCCUUGCUUUACAGUGGAGACAAUAAUUAAGUUUAAUGUUUUACAAUACAGUUACUGAGUCCUAUUCAAUCGUUCUCGUUCUCUUAGUUUUAUUUCAUACAGAUUAAGUGAGAACUACACCUGACAAUCUGUGUUAAAUCGAAAACCAUAACUGAUGUUCAGUUAUUCUCAUCAGAAAAUAUAGUUCUACUGAUGGAUAAAAACGUUCAGACCAAGGUGUUAAUUUGAACUCAAUUUUAUUGUAACACAUCUGUUUUAUUUCUUUUACAGCCUACAAGUGCAGGUGCACAAGAAAAGGGCCAAAGAUUCGCUACAAGGAUGUGCAAAAGCUGGAGAUCAAACCCAAACAUCCUUUCUGCCAAGAGAAGAUGAUAUUGUGAGUCAUUCUUUGAAUAAUUUCUGGCCUGCUCUCUCUCUCUCUCCCUGCAAUGCUUUUGUCUGCUUGUCUCAGAGAUGUCAGUCACUCCAUGUGUGCUAUUCUGUUCGUUUACCAAAUGCACUGUAACUUUUAUCAAUAUUCACUCUUUUUCUAAUCUCAUUCUCAUACUAUAUCAAAGCAGCUGAUUGACCUGUUAAUAUAUUGAUAUGGAAUCUGAUCAUGGAUAUUUUGAGAACCUAUUAGCUUAAAGGUGCCACACAUAGUAUUUUUUUGAAUUUUUGCUUGAUGUCAGAAAAUGUCCAUAAUACUGUAUAUCUGGUGCGAAUAGUGAAAUGAUAGUGUUUCACAGUAUUACUUACCCGCCUGUGUUGGGAUUGGAUGUGAUAUUCGCCUAUUGAUUUCUCCCGCCGAAGCGGCAUCUGUUGUCAAUCUGGGAAAGCUAUUCUGACUUUGUGGCUGUUAUCUAGUGAAAAUCGCUCUGUCAUUUGCUGGUUGCAAAGGUUCUACACUGUUUGCUCCAGUUUAUGUGAGAAAACAAGCACCGAAUAGUGUAGGGAAUCAUUGCACCAUCUAAAUCGCUGUGAAACAUUCUUUCUAUAACAAUAAAAUAAUUUCUUUUUUACAGCUGUUUGAAGCUGGUGCACCGGUUUUGGUCCACCUGCUUCAAACAGCUGUAAAAACGCUAAGUUUUGUUUAAAAAAAUAUUUUGGACUGCGAUUUAGAUGGUACAAUGAUUCCCUACACUAUUCAGUGCUUGUUUUCCUAUUCAGCGCUUGUUUUCUCACAUAAACUGAAAUUGAGCGGACAGUGUAGAAUUUUAGCAACCAGCAAAUGAGUGAUUUACACUAGAUAACACAACCACAAAGUUUGACAACAGAUGCUGCUCCAGUGGGAGAAAGACUUUCCCUCUUCAGAUAUGAGCGACUGUCUAACUCUUUUUGAGGGUUCUAAAUGGACUUGAAUUGCCCUAUACUAUUGCUUUUCCUUUCCCAAAUAGAUGCUGAGCUCACAUUUUAGUCAUUUUCAGUGGAAGUGGUGCUUACUUUUGUAAAAGAUCACAUACUCUUUCACCAUCUACUGUUCACUUGAGGUAUUGAACAGAAAUUUGUUCCCAUGAACGGAAAAAACAAAACCAUGAAGUCAAAUGUUGUUCUGUCCCGCUGUCAUGGAUUACAGUACAUUGCUCUCCAUAUUAUCAAAAGGCUGUAGGGUUCGUCCAACAAAGAGUUUUGUUGGCCCCUUGGACCAUUAAACUGAUAUUUAUUGCUGGGUCUUAUGUCCUGGGGCCGAUGCGAUAAAGUUUAGUUGAACACCAAACAGUUAAAGCUGGUCUAUUUGCAUAAAAUGGUGGCCGCUGGCCACUGACCUAAGUGAGAAAUGAGACUCAGCGGGCUCCGGAAAGAGUGCCCCUUCUCUCCUUUGUUGGCUGGCAUGGCUCACGUCUCAGAAUUUAACAUUCUGCAGGGCCACCUCCACUGUCACAGCAGUGCCUCCAACUCCGACCAAGAGUUAGAAAUUAACCAAAUUAACCAAGGCCUCUGUUGGCUGGGCAGGUGAAUAAUUAAUUAAGAAGCAGACAAACUAUAAGAGAUUGAUUUGAGAAGCCCCUGCAGAGCUCUGGGCACAACACACAGCACAUGUCACCGCUGGCUCAAAAAUGCCAUACAGACAGACAGUCUCUCCAACUGCUGCUCUGAAUGUCAAUGGGUUCAUCUAGCCAGGCUCAGAGAUCAUGUAUACCCAGUGCUGUUUUUAAAGCCUGUUCAUGCAGUAAUGUUGAUUAGCUGUUUACUCUUACACUCUCUCUCUCUCUCUCUCUCUCUCUUCUUUUGUUUGUCAGUGUCACCAUGGAGAACGUGUCGCGCUUCAAAGGUCAGGAGUACUGUCUGCACCCCAAACUGCAGAGCACCAAAAACCUGGUCAAGUGGUUCCGGAUCUGGAAGGAUAAGCAUAGGUGAGAGGUCAUCCCACUCCAUGAGUUGAACGGCCCCCACCAGAGGGCAAUACUGCCCGUAUUUCGACUUAAUUUCUAUCCUAUAGAGGAAAUUCUUGUUUAGGUUCCACCUCCGAAGAAUGACGCAGGCUGCUAAUACAUAUUCACGAAUUGGGGGUGGGAACGUUGUGGUGAUUUCCACAUGGAGUGGAGACAUAACAAUAAGUAACUGACAGCUGUCAGUGUAGCUAGCUAACAUGCUAACCUUAUCCACCUAGCUAAUGAUAUCUGUUGUUGCUACAGCAUAUUCAAAAUAUUAGCCAGCUGGCUAGGCUAUGGCUGGUUCUGGAGCUGGAUUUACUCCGGUUAUAUGGAUAGCCUAACUAUUGAACAGUUUGGACUAGAGGCCAGGGUGACAGCUAAGGCAUUUUCACCGAAAAUGUACAACUACAGCAUUAAUGUCUAGCUACUUAAAAUAAAAAUAAUACUCUGCUAAAAAUGUACAUAUUCAGAACACUCUCCCAAAUUCCAACUUUGGCAGACAAGUUUCAAAUUUUGAGCCACAAGCAUAAACUAGCUAGUUGGGGAAAGGCUCAUCAGGACGACUGACUGAACAGACUGAACCGAAUCCGUUGGUCUACACUCGGCUCUCGCUACGCGACAUGCCGAGUGGGCACCAGGCGUGUCCGUGUAGCUUCUCCCGCUAUGGAAAGUAUGGUUAUAGGAAUCUAUAUAGCUAAGUAAUCAUGUACUGUAUAUUUGGCUGUAUUUAACAACUUUUUCCCUUCUCUCUUCGCAGGGUGUAUGAAGCUUAAACCAUGGAUUAUGUGCACAAAGGGAACAAGUGGAAAAAAACGCCAUUAAGACUGUUUUUGUGAAGUACAAGACAUAAUCUCCAAGCAAUCAAUACUUCGUCUUGGAAUGAGAUUUAUCAAGCACAUAAGAGAUCUAGUUUGCUGGUGCCGUUUUAGUUGGCCAUCAGGCUAAUUAUUGUUACUCACUUAAAUCAUUUCAACUGUAAUAAUGGUAAUAUUUCUCCAAUGCCAACGUUCAAGGCUGUUUACCAGUGGAAGAGGAUACUGGAGGAAAUGCAGUGAGAAAGGUCCCUUGAUGAACCUGGCCCAUGGUGUUUUUUGGAUAGGAGAUGUUUGCCCUUGAACCGUCUGUUUGUUCCGGGGACUAUAGUAUGUCGAUGUCUUGUAACAUAAAGGGGUCAUGGGAUUCUUUUUAUUGUAUACUGCUAAUGCUGUAUCUUGGUGUGCUCUCCAGGAGUGUCAAGCACAACAUACUGUAUACGUGUAGGGAACUUGAUGAAGGGAAUUAUUCAUUACUCAGACCAAGCACCCAAAUGUAUAUAAAUCAUUUUGUAAAUUUGAAACCAUUCAAAGAGAAGAGAAUAGUGUACACGAGAAAAUAACAACCCAGGUCAAUGUGUAGUCAUUUUAGAUUUCAUUGGUGCCAUGCCAUUCCCAUAUGCAAUCAAUCAGUUGUAGUUUAUUAUGAGCGGUAUAUAAAGUCAACCUGUUAAUUUAGAUCUUGUAAGACAUAUUUUCUGUACCUGGUAUGAACUAUUGUAAACAGCAAUGGUAUACUAAGUUGCCCAUUUACUCUCAUUUGUAUCAUUGUCCUGAUGUCUUGUGUUUUCUUAUGGUGUUUUCUACAAAGACUGGAGUUCAUCAACAUGUUUCAUUGUAGAAGAAACUCUUCAUCAUUACCUAUGGAAAAGAAACCUUUUAAGAAAUAUCUCAUUGUACCCCUCAUAAGAAUCAAGACAUUCAAUCAUGAAAUUGUUACAGAAUAAGUGGUUAAUUAAAGAGCAUGUUCAUGAUAUUAUCCAACACUUUUUGAACGAUGACCUUUGAAAAGGUGUGAUUAUUUUGUAAACUAUUGAUAUAUGUUGUUACAAUGACAGUUGCAUUUUUAUUUCACCAAACAGAAUGUUCAAUAUACAGUUUCUUCAAAGAAUGUGCAUUCCUCUUGUUUUAUAUAUAAAUACAAAUGUUGUAAAUAGUCAUACCAAUAGCCUAUGUUAGUGAGAAUCCUUCUAAGACUUUCUAGUGUAAUUUAUUCUAUUACUGAGUUACUGUUUUGCUAUUUAAAUGUUCAUUCGGUAACAGACAUUUUAAGUAUCUGUGUUUGGACUGACCUACCAAGCACAGCAAUCAACAAGCACAGCAAUAAAAAACACUGUCUG